AUGACUCAAACAAUGCUGCAGCUUUUGCAGUCGAAGACCAUUGUGGAUUGUGAUACCAUGGAUGUUGAAGUUCCAAAAGUAAUGGGGCCUUUCGUCGAUUGCACCUCAAACCAAGCAAUAGCUUACAUGGAGCUCAUAAAACCAAAACACAAGUCACUUAUUCAAGACUCUGUCUCGAAAGCCAAAGAGCUUAAUGCAACAUUUGGCGAGAUUCCAGAGACAGAAUUAGCUGUAGAAAUUGCGAUGAUAAAACUACAACUGGCAAUCGUCCCUUAUAUUACAGGAUAUGUCCACGUUCAGACAAAUCCAAAAUAUUCCCACGUUAAAGACAAAACCAUCGCCAAUGCAAUACGAAUUACAAAGCUCUUUAAAUCUCUCGAUCCAGAUUUCGAUACCACAAGAGUGUGCAUCAAAAUCCCCUCAACAUUCGCCGGUCUUCAAGCCUGUGGAAUCUUAGAAUCAGUCCACAACAUAACCACACUAGCAACAACCCUUUUCGUAAUCGAACAAGCCGCUCUAGCAGGAGAAGUAGGAGCUCACUACAUCGCUCCCUACGUCAACGAGCUCCGCGUCCACUUCGAUCCCACAUUCACGGAUACUCAUAAAGCUCAGCGUCUAUGUCUGGAAGCUCAAAGGUAUUAUGAGAAAUACGGCUAUAAGACGCAAGUACUUCCAGCAAGCCUAACGUCUACGGAGGAGAUUAUGGAGUUAGCCGGUGUGCAUCAUAUUACGAUUUCACCUGGUUUGCUGAAGCACUUAGCAGAGAAGAAGGCUGAAGAUAAUAAUACGAUGUCGAUUUUUGAGAAGGCGCCGGACGGGUUUGAGGUAGCUGGUAAGAUGAGCUUUGCGAAUGAUGAAGAGGGGUAUAUGAGGGCUUUUGAGAAGGCGAUUGGAGGUGAGGCGGUGAGGAAAUUGGACGAUGCUAUCAGAAUAUUCUCUGAGAUGCAGGAUAAGUUCGAGGCCUUGAUGGUUUAG